UCCCGUCGUGUCAUUGGCGGUGUGGUGUAUGAUGAUCGGAAUCGGAUCCAGCUGAUCGCGGCUGACUAACUUACAGAAUUGCAUUGACAUUCUCUUGAGUCAUUUGUUAGUGAAUCGACAAAUUUGAUAUAUUUUCAGUUUUGGAUCGUUUAUUUAUUUCCCCCAAAGUAGUAUAUAAAGAGUGUGUUUCAAAAUGACGUUAUUAACAUUUCAGCUAUUACGGAGAAGUACCUCCUUAGUUAAGUCAGUAAACCGGUUUAGACGUUUUACAAUAGCUACCCAUCCUGCAAUGUCUGCAAUGAGUAUAAAUGACCUACGACCUCACGUGAAGGAGUAUGUGAUGGAGAAGGCGGAUCUGUGUAAGCCCGACAGUAUUCAUAUAUGUGACGGUUCAGAAGAGGAGGAAUGCCAGCUUCUUGAUCUUAUGGAGAAGGAAGGCAUGAUAAAGCGACUGACAAAAUAUGAAAAUUGCUGGCUCGCAAAGACCGAUCCCAAAGAUGUUGCGAGGGUAGAAAGCAAAACAGUGAUAUCAACACCAAAUAAACGAGACACCAUUCCCAUAGUGAAGGACGACAUCAAAGGAACACUCGGACAUUGGAGAUCUCCAAAGGAACUUCAGCAGGACUUCAGAGAAAGAUUCCCAUCAUGCAUGACAGGAAGAACAAUGUACGUUAUUCCAUUCAGCAUGGGACCAGUCGGAUCACCGCUGUCCAAAAUUGGCAUCCAGCUGACCGACUCCCCCUACGUCGUGGCUAGUAUGCGGAUUAUGACCAGGAUGGGGGGCAAUGUUCUAAAUACGCUUGGUGACGGUGAAUUUGUCAAGUGUUUGCAUUCAGUGGGACAUAUUAGGUAUCACAAACCCAGAAGGACAAAAGAAGUACAUUGCAGCUGCAUUUCCCAGUGCUUGCGGCAAAACCAACUUGGCUAUGAUGAACCCAUCCCUUCCAGGCUGGAAGGUGGAGUGUGUUGGUGACGAUAUCGCCUGGAUGAAGUUCGACAGUGAGGGCAGACUUCGUGCAAUCAAUCCGGAGGCAGGUUUCUUUGGUGUGGCUCCAGGAACUUCAAUGAAGACGAACCCUAAUGCGAUGUUUACGAUCCAGAAGAACACAAUAUUCACAAAUGUUGCAGAAACCUCUGAUGGUGGAUUCUGGUGGGAGGGACUAGAGGAUGAGACCCCUAAGGGACUUACCUUCACAUCCUGGCUUGAUCAUAAAAGUUGGCAUAAGGACAUGCUAACUGAUACGGGAAAGAAUAUCCUAGCUGCCCAUCCGAACUCCAGAUUCUGUACCCCGGCACGCCAAUGCCCUACCAUGGACCCAGCCUGGGAAAGUCCAGAGGGAGUGCCCAUUGAUGCUAUUGUGUUUGGCGGACGUAGACCCGAAGGUGUUCCACUUGUAUAUGAAUCCUUUGAUUGGAAGCAUGGUGUGUUUGUUGGUGCUGCCAUGCGGUCAGAAUCAACCGCUGCAGCUGAGCAUGUCGGUAAAGUAAUAAUGCAUGACCCAUUUGCAAUGAGACCAUUCUUUGGCUACAAUUUUGGAGACUAUCUAUCCCACUGGUUGGGCAUGGAAAAGCAUGAGGGCGCCAAACUUCCAAAAAUAUUCCACGUCAAUUGGUUCCGCAAGAGUUCAGAAGGAAAGUUCUUGUGGCCUGGGUUUGGAGAAAAUGCGCGAGUGCUUGAUUGGAUCUGUCGUCGAGUUGAUGGGGAACCGACCGGUAAGAAGACCCCGAUCGGCCUUAUUCCUACAGAAGGCAGUCUAAAUUUGGACAAUCUUGAGCCAGUAGAUAUGGAUGCAAUUUUCAACUUGCCCAAGGAAUUCUGGGAAAAGGAAGUAGAUGCAAUUAGGAAGUACUUUGAUGAACAGGUGAAUAGGGACUUACCUGAGGAGAUUGCCAACCAAUUAAAUGCAUUAGAAGAAAGAGUCAAGAAUAUGUAAAUCAAUAACAUAAUUCACCAUGUAAAAGAUAUGUUUGAUUACAUUAAUCACAGAUAAUUCAUAUUAUCAUUUAAUUGUUAUAUAUAAUAAUUAUUUUGUUCAAAUUUUUAUUAAUAUAAUUCCAUUACAGUAUAUCAUAAUAAUACUUUUCUUCUGUUCAGUUCAGUAUAUAAUCAUCAGUGUAACAGUUUUGUCUCGCUACAGCUCAAAUUCUUCAGAUAUGCGAUGAUCAUUUCUAAUCUAGCUGAUAUCUAGACUAAAAUAUUGUAUACUGAUUUCAGCAGAAGAAACUUAUUACGGUAUAUUGAUCACGAACAGAUGAAUAUUGUUUAUACAUUCAUAUUAUUAGUAUUAUUAUUAUUUAUUGAUUAUUAUUGUUAUUAUUGUAUUGUGCAGCAGAAUUUAAUAAUGAUAAAACCCUUGAGAAUCUUGUUAAUGUUUGUUGUUUGUCUAGUCAAAAUUGAAUAAUGACGAUCAUCGAAUUUAUCCAAAGUGCACUUUGUGGGUAUAGUUUGUUGAUCCCAUAACUGCACUGCUUAAUGUAUUAUAAAAAAUAACUACCGUCUACAAUUUGCCAUAUUGGCAUGGUACCAGUUGCAGGUCUAGUAGGAGGCUUGUCACUACACCCUUAGGCUGUUUUGACUUAUUAAAAACAUUCCAGAACCUGGAGCCUGCGUAAAACAUUGGAUUUUGGAAAUGUGGACCAGUACACCACUAGUCUCUCUGGUAUAAAAUCAGUGAUGGUACAGUAUCCCCCAUUAGGGAACACAGCUUUCAAAAAAGUGUUUGCAGUCUGAGGGUGCCAUUUCUGGGCAUUUUAAGUUGCCUAUUUUAAACAUUGAGCUGAGGUGUGGACCUUAGGGACAGUGGCAGCACCAGGGGGGAGGGGCAGGGGGAUUAGGUCAAGCCCUCCGCCGGACAGGGCUCGUCGGGCAGUCAGACCAUAAAACAUAAAAAUAGGCUCACACCAAGCCAACUCAUGUCUGUCACAGUCUGAGGGUGCCAUUUUCGGCCAUCUAGAGGUUGAUAUUCUUUUUAAAAAAAUCUCAUUUGGGAGGGGGAGGGCCCCCCCUCUCAACCCCUUCCCCAGCUCGAGCCUACAAGCUCAAAUCCCCCUGUCGGACAACUUAGCUUCCCAACAAAAAUAUAUCCUAGAGCCACCACUGCUUGGGGCCCCUCUGUCGGGGAGCUAAAACUCCUUGUUGUGGAUUCUCUGGUGCCACCACUGCAUAAAAUCAUGGACUUCAGUGCUGGUUAUUGGCACCACUAGUAGAGAAGCAAUCUGUAAAGGCCACAAAUUAAAUUACUUCUGUAUUUAAAAUUUUAAACUAUGAAUAAAAAAAAUGAAAUAAGAUUUGUAUAUCACAUGUAUUGAUUUCACAAAUAUAAUGCCUAAAGUACUUGUAGAUUUUAAGUACAGGUAGUUGAAUAAUUUUGUUAUGUGAUGCUCACAUACUUCAAAAUUAGCAUCGUAGCUGUAAGACCAGAAGUUUAAUAAUGUAAUGUAAUGUAGUGGGAUUUGGUAUAAUACUGUAUUGUCUGAUUAUAUUGUUUUGUUAUGAUCAUUCCAAUUCAUUUUUUUUCUUUUAUACACAUAAACCUAAAUAUUUUGUAAACAUUAAAUACAUAAUUAUGAAAGGUAGAAAGUAAAAUUAUGAGUGAUUAAUAAUUUAUUGUUGCAAUAAUAGCAUAUAAUUUUGAUUUAGUUUAUCUUUAUAUCAGUGUAUGUGUAGGUUUGAUAUGGCAUAUUAUCAACAUCUAAUAAGACAUUGUUUAGUCUGUAAGAUAAAUAAUGUAGUAUGCCUACACUCCAAUCAUAUCUGGAAAAAUACAAAUGUUAUAUAUUUUAAUGACAUUUCACCUUUACAUAGUUGUGCUUGUUUGACUAAUCAAGUAAUCUUGUACCCAAAAUUCUCUUUAGUUUAAUGAAUGACAGCCACUUGUUUGUGGCAAAUAUACGAAGCUGUAUACCUCCACAGCUCACCCCCCACUUUUACUUCCCACUUUUAAUUCAGAAGCUCCAUUGUCACCCCUUUACUGUUAUCAAUGUAUUACAAAUAGUGCCAGAUCAUUAACUUGUGACCAUAAACUCUUCCAGGAUUUACCUCCCUUUCACUAUAAUACACACCUUUAGUCAUAACAUAAUAAAGUCUGCUCUUCCACUGAUAAGUAUUACCAGACAGUAAUCCCAUAUCAGGUAAGGUUAGUAAGGAAGGGGUAUGAGUUUAUGUUGGGUAACAUUAGUAAAGGGGCAUGAGUUGGGUUUCUUUAUUAUUUUUGUCUUGUUAAACUGAUUUUACAGCAUAGAGCAUGGAGGAAUAAGUGCAGAGGUGGAUUAUUUAUUUUUCUAUUUAAAUGCAUUAUAAUGAAUUACAGAUGACAUUUAACCUUAGAAUCCUAAUAAUAAACAUUAUAUUGUGUCUAACAUGUGUUAGCCUUGGAAAAUUGAAUUUGUAUUAUACUUGUUUUUGCAAACCCUACCUAAAAGAAAAGAGUUCUUAAAUUUGGUUUGUUGGUAUCGGAUAGCAGCCUUUUUGUAUUUGAAAUAGUUGUGCAGUUUUUGAGCAAUUUUUAGCAAAGUUGAGACUUAAAUCAGAAGGUCAUCAUAAAGCUAGGGUUAAAUAUCAUGUUAUGUACUGUGUACAGUUUCUGAUUAAAUAAAAUGAUGAUAAAAUUCAACAAA